AUGAACAUAAAAACAAGAGGGAUAUUUGACUACACAGGAAAUAGGUCUAUAAUUAUUGUUGUAAAGGGAAAGCACAAAGGUGCACGUGCUUAUAUACAAAUGACAAUUGGUUCAGAUUAUAUUCCGUAUGUAAGGAUAUUUAGCAUACUACAUCCAGCACAGAGUGCACUUUAUGAUUCUUUUGGUGAAAGAGUAGGGACUGAAUUAAUUGAAAUUUACAAAGCACAGAUAACAACUAUCACAUUGGACAGGGAGAGACUGGAACUGGCCCUUCCAAGCAUUACUUGUCAAUUUGUAAGUCCCGUGGAUUUUACUAUGUGGGUUAGUCAUUUACACUGGGCAAUACACGCCCUAAGAAAACUGUCUUAUAAUAAUGCUCAUAUAUGGCUGAGUUGUAGUAAUACUUCAAUAGAUGAUGAAUUCUUUGUGUUUGGGAAGUAUUUUACUCCAAGAGACUGGAAGGUAUCUCUUCAGAUAAAUAAUCGAAUGUCAUCCACAUCUGACAUGGGCCACUAUGACAUAUAUAGCCGUACAGUCCCACAGCCAAGUAUAAAACAGCACUGCAUGGGAAGAGAAGAACUUAAUAAGCAGUACUACUUACAGAAUAAUUGGAAUAAUCCAGAUAUAAUGAAGUACGUAGAAGAGAUGUCCCCAGCAGAUGAGAAUAUGCCAUUCCAUGUACACGUGUUUGGUAAGUAUUAUAAACUCCUCUGUGGUACAUUAAAUAGCUCACGCAUAUGCACGGACUGGGCAACUAACCCGUACUGCUGCUGCCAGUACAAGUACUACGACGGUAAUCAAGUUCUCUGUGAAAUGCCCCUAUCUACUACGGUUAAUUCGUAUAGAUCCCAUAAAAAAGAAAUUCUCUCUGAGAUAUACAUGAAAAAUUCUGGUGCUCUGCACCGGUACUGCACGGGGUAUUUAAGGGCAUUUCACAGCGUAGAGGAAAGAAUGAAAUUUUAUUUUGGGUUCAUUAUAAAAAAUGAAAAUAUAAUAAAUAUUGUAAUCCCGAAUAAAACAGAAAGGAGCAGAUUCACAGAGCAGUGCAUAUUUGAAGAAAUAUUGAAAUAUUCAGUUGAUGCAUUUGGGAUUAAAAUCAGUGAAAUUCAUUCUGAUGACUAUUUAAAUAUUCCUGCGGUAAGAUCUGUAUUAGACUCAGAAUCAGAUGGAUUUUUAGGGUUUAAUGAACUAUUCAAGUACUCCCAGGAAGAUAUUGAUAAAAGAUGGAUACCCACUGAUAUACCAACUGUAUACAUUAUGAUAACUAAUGGUGUAUAUCUAGUAGAGUGCGUGUGUGGGAUUGCAAAUGAUCCUUCUUUACUCUCAUAUACGUAUACAUCACAGCUUCUAAAGAGUUCAUUCCAUUCAGAGACCAGUACAUCCAUUUGUUAUAAUGAAUACAUUGAUGGGUACAUUUUAAACCAAAUAUCUGCGAGUAGUGGGGUUCUUGCUACUAGGCACUCUUCCAGUAGUGAUGUAUUAAAACAAGUUUCUGCUGACUCUUUACUUGUUACUGAUAGUAUGUACAAUAUGCUCACAGAUAAAAAAACAGACUUUCUUGUGAGUGGAUUACAUAGUUAUACGUAUACAAUGUCCUUAGUCCUAGUAGAGGGGUACCACCUGCUCAGUGUAUUAGUUAGUAUAAUUCAAUCCCAAAAAGAUAAUGAAUUUCACUUCUUUACCAUACGGUGUGCACUAGCAGCUAUAACACAGUUUAAGCCAUUUCUUUAUAAUUUAUUCGGGAAUGGUGCUGUCUUUUUCGAUCUUGCUUCUAAGCAUGGGAAGACUCCUGAAGAUGCAGAGUUUAGUGAGUUAUACCUCGAUCGGUAUAAACACUUAAUAGAUGCACUGGAUAUAUUACUACCUGCAUACACUGAAAUAUGUUCUGUCAUGAUUUCUCCCAGAAAUGGUCUAAAACACUUAGGCAGAAUGCUUAGAUAUGAAUACAGGCUUAGACAGUCACCGUGCUGGACUAGAUUGAUUAUGCUGUACACUGGCAUAGCCAGGCAUAAGAAUAUCAUGUUUACACCCAAAUUUGUUGCUUUACACAUUUUAUUCUUGAACACUCUGCUUAUGGAGGAUAUAAGAGUUGUUGGUGAGUACACCAAAGAAAUGCCAUCUAUCCUGUAUAAUCCAUCUUUAGAAGAAGAACUUGCAGAAUUAAUGUAUACGAGUAAUGACCAAGAAACACUUUCAAGUAUGCCCAAGGAAGUAUAUUCUGUCCGCAUCGAUGGAUCGAAUUAUCCCAGUUAUUGGAAUGAUCUGUCUUUUGACAGUUAUUCAUUCGCGUGUAGAAAAAUCAAAAAAGAGUGUGCAAAUGGAAUUAAAACGGCCAUUAUUAAGGAAAGCAUUACUAAAUUCCUUAGUUUCUACAAAAUCCAUUAUUAUAAUAUAGCACCACUAUCAAUGCGUCAUAUACUAAACAGUGGUGCUAUCCUGCGAAUGAUUAUUAUUAUGAUUAACAAUAACCCGAAUACAGCACCACACAGCGUAUCCCUAGAAAAUAACAUUAUUGUAGCAUAUUUCAGCAGAAGAGUGCCCACACUAAAAGACCUUCUACAGACAAAUAAUGCAGUCAGGCAUAUACUAAGCUUUUUUAUGCUUUUCUAUUUAAAUAAGCACCCGUGUGUCAUUGACUACGCCAGGUGUUUAACCACCCCACUUAGAAUAGUCCAUGCUUUAAACCAGAGAAUACUCAGUGAUCCCGUGUACACCAUAGGAAAUAACUGUAAGAGUGAAGAUAUCUGCUGGUUAUUGAAGAAAAGACUCCCUUUCUCCAACACAGUCUAUAACUACUUCAUGACUGAAGUGGUAAUGCAUGCGAGUAAACUUGAUUCAGUUGAUGAAAUAAUCUUCCCAGGCAGUUCGCAUGUGCUAAAUCUAGAAACAUACAUUAUAAAAUGGGCUGAGUAUAUGGGCAGUCUACCAUCUGCUAUAACUGAUAAAAAUGUACUCCUUUCUGUUCUUAAGUACUAUUAUCCAUCUAGAUUUACUUCAUAACCCAU